AUGGGCUUGAUGUACGGAUCAACUAUCUGGUUGGGUGUUUCUGAUUUCCUAAAAAGUGAGUCUUUAAUUUCUAAAAAGACACGAAAAAAGUUCAGAGCAAACUUACAAUCCGCCUUGUCGAACCCUUUUUCUCGGCGAGAAAAUGAUGUGGCUAUCUUUACCUAGGGAAACUUGCGCUGAGGUUUGUUUAUGAAGUGGUCACUCUAUUGGGGUUUUCAGAACAUGGAGAGCAUGUUAGCAAUGGGAAUGAUGGUCGGAGGAACUCUUCUCCUCAUCAAUUUCAUCACCUUUGGGAAAAUCAUUCAUUUUCAAUACGUGAGAUUUCUCUGAGGAUGAGUUUUUAAAUUGGUUUGCAGAAAACCCGAACGGAUAAUCAAUCUUCAAAUGAGAGAAUCCGAAGGAAUAUUCUACUGUGGUUUCAGGUGGACAGUCAAAAUUAGGCUCAGAAAUUAUUAUUAUCUUUUAGACGAUUCUACAAGAUUUGCUCUACUCCACCGACUUUGUGUUUACAGCCGUUUUUGGGUUCUCUCAAUUUUUCUUUGGCUUCCGAUUAAAAACGUUUCCAGACCCCUGAAGAAUGAAAGAUGGUGGGCUUUUCUGUCCUACACCUUCAUUUGGGAGAAUGUUCUGACUUUAGACGGGUAA